CCUCAAAAUCCAAACUUUAGCCAAUUUUCAGUCGUAAUUCAUAAUUUCAUUUCCGCCGUUACUCAUCAGAGGCUUGGAGCGAAAACCAAACCCUUCAACCGAGCCCUAACCGUAAUGGCGGAACUCCCGAUUCUCGAGUUCGAGGACAAGAUUCUGGAGACAGUGGAGGCGAACGGCGAGACUGGCUCGGCCAAGGAGCACCCAGCUCUUCAGAUUAUUGCACCGGCUACAAAGUCUGGAAUCAUCGCCAUCACUCAGCCUCGUCGAGUCGCCGCCGUCUCUGUUGCCAGGAGGGUUGCAUUUGAACUUGGCGUUCAGCUUGGUGAAGAAGUGGGUUACGCUAUUCGGUUUGAAGAUCGAACUUCAGAUAGAACAUGUAUCAAGUAUCUUACCGAUGGUUGUCUCCUUCGUGAAAGCCUGUCAAAUCCAGAGUUGAGCCAAUAUUCGGUUAUAAUCUUGGACGAGGCUCAUGAGAGGAGUUUGAAUACUGACAUAUUGCUAGGGUUGAUGAAACGCUUAAUCAAGGAACGCUCGUCAAAUCUAAAGGUUCUCAUCACUUCAGCAACUUUGGAUGGUGUCAAAGUAUCAAACUUUUUCUCAGGUUGCCCUGUGUUAAACAUACCUGGCACAUUAUUUCCUGUGGGGAAGCUGUAUAGCACAGAGCGUCCUACGAGUUAUCUUGAAUCUUCUCUGAAAACUGCUUUGGAUAUACACAUUCGUGAGCCACCUGGAGAUAUCCUAAUAUUCAUGACCGGACAGGAUGAUAUAGAGAAAACUGUGUCGAAGUUGGAGGAAAGAAUCCAACGCCUUGAGGAAGGUUCUGUUAUGGAUGCUCUAGUUCUUCCGCUUCAUGGCUCUUUACCUCCUGAAAUGCAGGUACGUGUAUUUGGUCCAGCACCCCCAAAUUGCAGACGGUUUAUAGUAGCUACCAAUAUAGCUGAGACUUCCUUGACUGUAGACGGAGUCGUGUAUGUAAUUGAUCCUGGUUAUGUGAAGCAGCGCCAAUACAACCCAUCCACAGGAAUGUAUUCUCUUGAGGUUGUACAGAUUAGCAGAGUGCAAGCAGAUCAACGCGCUGGACGAGCUGGAAGAACUCGUCCGGGAAAAUGUUACAGAUUAUACCCUGCCUCUGUAUAUCAUGAGGAGUUGCUUGAUGCAACAGUGCCUGAAAUUCAGCGAUCGUCCCUUGCUGGAAGCGUACUCUAUUUGAAGUCUCUAAAUUUGUCCGACUUUGACAUAUUGAAGUUUGACUUUCUGGAUCCACCAUCACGUGAAUCUUUGGAGGAUGCUCUGAGGCAAUUGUAUCUCAUUGAUGCAAUUGAUGAAAAUGGGCGGACAACAAAUAUAGGGCGAACUAUGGCUGAACUUCCACUGGAGCCUUCGCUCUCAAGGACUUUAAUUGAGGCAAAUGGGCUGGAUUGUUUAUCCCAGGCUUUGACUGUUGCAGCUAUGCUGUCAGCAGAAACCACACUUCGUCCUGCUUUCAGUAAGAGCAAGGAAAAGAAGAGGAAAGAGCCACUUCCAAAAUUACCUGAUGGUUCUGGUUGGGGUGAUCACAUUCAAUUGCUUCAAAUAUAUGAGAGUUGGUAUCGAGCUAAUUAUGAUCCAAACUGGUGUGCGGAUAAUGAUCUGCAGAUACGCAGCAUGAAGUUCAGCAGAGAUGUUAGAAAGCAGUUAUCGCAGAUAAUACAAAAGAUUUCUAAAGGACCAGUGGAUGUAAAAUCAGGUUUGAGACAUAAGAAAAGCGAUCAUGAUUACCAGAAGUUGAGGAGAGCCUUAUGCAAGGGUUAUGGGAAUCAGCUAGCCGAGCGAAUGCUGCAUCAUAAUGGCUAUCGGACGCUUGGUUAUCGGUCGCAACUUAUCCAGGUACACCCAUCUUCAGUUCUAGAAACUGACGAAGACGGGCAACUACCUGAUUAUGUCGUCUACCACGAACUCAUAAAUUCCUCUCGUCCAUUCAUGAGAAAUGUUUGUGCAGUUGAGAUGUCAUGGGUGAUGCCCAUUCUAAGGAAAAUAGAGAAAAUGGACGUCAACAAGCUCAGUGGUGGUUUUGGUGCUUUAAAUGAGAAAGAAACACCAGAGGAUAAACAAGAGCAAUUGCCUGAGAAAGAGGCUAGUGGUAGCACAGCGCCUUCUGAUAAUGUGGACAGCAAAAUUCAGGCAGCCCGUGAACGCUAUCUUGCACGCAAAGCAAAGAAAUAAUGGUCAACCCUCAUGUUCAAAGCGAAAGAGCACGAGAGUGUGAGAAUGCCAACAGAAGCAAGCCCAGCAAUAUUUGUGGGCGCUCAGCUUGACGGGCUCCGCUAGUUGAGAAGAAUCUGCUCCGAUAGAUAUUAGUGUGACGCGAGCAUCCGUUCCUACACUUGUUGUGCUAACCUGCAGAAACCAGCAAUAGGUUAGAGUAGUUCGUAAUUUCAGUUGAGAUCGCUCCCUGUGAAGGUCUCGAGAAAUUAAGACUGCAUGGGUUUGGGCCUAUCCAAUGUUGUGCUCAGUGUGUGUUCAUCGGUCUCAUUUGCUGACUGACAAUUGUAAUCUAUUAAGAGACAAAAUUUUCCUAUAUUUGACCGGUUUGUUGUGAAGGUUUCUAAUCAUUUGUUACAUCUGCCAUACAAGGUUCGGUGGUUCUACUU